AUGACGACGGCAGUGGCCAAGUCAAAUGGAGGGAUCGAUGUGGGAUCUCGGCGGAGAGGGGAGGGGAGAAAGAGGAGGAGGAGACAGAAACGGCCCGGUGGGUGGAGAAGGUCUCGUCGGCAAGACGAGACUCAGAGGGCAGAAAACGGCAAGCGAGAGGGAGACCGAGAGACCGAGAGACCGAGAUCAAGUCGGAGGUCAGAGGUCAGAGGUCAGAGGUCAGAAGAGGCGGAGUGUGAACGAGGGGAGAGUGGGAGAGGGAGAACCAAGGUCAGUCAGCCUGGUGCGGCGGUGGUGACUGAAGAACUAGCAGGUUGGGAGGCUUGGGGCUUGGGUAGCGGAGAACCCAGCAAACAGCCCCCAGCGGCGGACAUCCCAGCGGAUGCGCGGGCACAAGAGGAUAAGCGGACAAGCGUCCAGGAAACUGAGGCGACAAUGACUCUGGGGGGCGCUCUCUGGGGGCGCUCGCUGGCGCCGACUCAAGCGCCCCGACAAAAACUCGGGAUGCGCGACAACGGAGCCGGAGACAGGCCGACGACUCGAAUCAACUCGGUGUUAGUUGCGCGCCCUCUGAUUGGUGCACCGGUGCCGCAACACGGCAAGCCUCCUCAAGGAGUCAGGGUACCGGUCCACUGCCUCUUUAUUCCCUCGUGGAACCCGUCGAACAAGACAGAGAAGCCAUUCUGUGUGGCCCUUCUGGCGGGGUGGCGUUCCUUGGGGCGUUCCUUGGAUCCUCUUCGUCGUGGUGCUACCGAGUGCUCCAAGUAUUGGCCGUGGUGA